UUAGCUUUCCUCUCUAUAUACGAACACAGAUUUAUUGUCAAAAUGUUUAAUCCAACUUUCCUCAUAGUUCUUUUCUUUUCAUUUUACACAAUAUCUAAAGGACAACCUCUGCCAUCUGGUCGCCAAGCGACGGUUGAAGAAACCCGGAUGGAACAGAGGAUACUUGCGAAUAUCAGAGCAACUGUCAUGCAGCUCAGUUCGUGCGAAACUCCUACUAAGAAAUUACACAAAACUGACAGCAAUUCUGACGCCCUCACGUCGACAAUCCAAAACUUGACCAGACGUAUUGAGGUCUUGGAGAAAUCACUUCCUCCAAGCAUCAUGAAGCGGUUUGAGUGUCUCUCGUCCUUCGAAAAAAUUGAACUGAACCCAACAAUUAAUAUGUUUGAGAAACGGUGCUACUACGUCGGGCUUCAAUAUUAUUUGUCUUGGGAAAACGCUCAGUUUCAGUGUCAAUUAGCUGGGGCGAACCUCUUGACGGACCCAAGCACAGAACUCAUGGACGUUUUAUUCGAGACCUUUCAAUCAAAUGGUAAUAAGAUUUGGCUAUACGGCAAUAAGACGGAAGGUACUUUCAAGUGGAUCACUAACGGGAAAGUUAUCGAUGAUAAUGAUGCCAGAUGGGCACCAGCUCUCCCUCGUCCUACUAUCAAUGAUACAUGUAUUUAUGUUUAUCAGGAUACGAAGAAAUGGUAUGAUGGCCCCUGUAGUGAAAUACAUCAUUUUGUCUGCGAAUCAUAGAUUAGAAAAAACAGAUUUAUGUCAUAAAUUCGUUCACAGCAUAGACCUUGCACAGAUGCACAUUUUUUAUACAUAAAAUGCAGAAUAGAAUUAAAAGUUUGAGCCCCUGUGUGCAUGUUAAUGCUUAUAACUAACAGAACAUCUGUGAUGUACAAUAACUAUUUGAUAAUUGUAGGGUUUCAAAUAUGUCACAUGAGUUAUAGUAUUGGUACUGUCACCACGCAAUUUGUAAUAAAAAUUUCAAAGUUAUUUUUAACGGAUAUAUUGUCUUUCAGAUGGAAAGAUAAUCUUCACUUGGUACAUGUUUCGACCUAAUUAUAUUGUAAAAAUAUUUAUUUAUUACUUAUAAUGACAUUUGAAAAUUUAUUACAAUUUGCGUCGUGUUGCAUGUGCACAUCAACGAAAUUUGUCAUAAAAAAUUCAAAGUUAUUUAGGUCGAAACCAAGUGAAGAUUAUCUUUCCAUCUGAUGACAAUUUAUCCGGUAAAAAAGACUUUGAAAUUUUUAUUCCAAAUUGCGUCGUUAUUACAAAUUGCGUGGUGACAUGGGUACUUUAUUUAUAUAUUUUUCUUAGUAAAAUAAACUAACCUUUGAGCACUGUGGCCCUAAAGCUCACAGGAUUAUACAGGACAUCCGUGCAGGGUCUAUGGCCGUUGUGGGUUGCACUCACCUUAGUAGGGACCAGGUGAGGUUUUCCACGUGCACAGGUCAUGCGGGUUAAAGUGAUACUCCUAACCAGUACCUUGCGCUCACCUCUUUUACGUCAACAAAGCAACUUUAUUGUCCCAAAUGUCGUUGUAAACACAUAAGAUUUUAUCAUCUUGGGGACAAUAGCUUUAUAUCGGAAAAAAGUCUCAAAGUUUGGGUGCCUUUUAAAACAAUGUGUAUUCAGUAUCAUAGAUAAAAAUAGGCUAGGUUAGGAGUUUGUAGUAUGCGUGUGAAAUGUGUAUUUUUGUGCCAUUGUUUUUGUUAAUUAUGAUGUUUUUUAAUAAAAUCAUCAGUCAUUGCCUAUGUCGCUGUGAAAUACA